AUGCUCCCUCUUCAUCCUGCCUCCCGUUCAUCUUCCUGGCUGCCACCCUAUUCACUGCAGGAGGAUAAUGGAAUUUCUGCCAUGCGCUACCAAGAGUCAGAUCAUCAAGGCACAAUACGGGACAAUUCGCGGUUCACGAUCACUUCCUGGCUCAAUCAAAUUUUUGGCACUGCACAACGAGCACUUCACAACACAUUGUCAUGCGCGGGAGUGUAG